AGCCAGGGGACGCAUUUGUUUUCGUCGCUGAAAACAUGGCGGCGUCCGAGCAACCGGCAGAACCGAGCAGCAGCAUCCCAGAUUAUGAAUUUAUGAAUUUAUGCUCCACACCUUUUCACAUCGGCUCCUUCCGGGACGAGUGGCUGAAAAGACUGAAGCCGGAAAACGUUUCCUUCCAGCCGGGAGACCAGGACUCGUUUGAAGCUCGCUUCGCUGCGGCGAUGGGGGUCGGAGAGGAAACCAUGACCGAACUCAGAUCCGUCUGCAGUGUCGACUCGCUUCUUUGCCAUUCUGGAGAUCAGGAGCCCGACCCGGAAGUCGUCCCUCCGAACGCGACACUGCAGACUCUGACACACAGAGAAAAGCAGAACAACAAACCUCAGAAACGUACCAAAAACAGACAUGACCUCUACGUGGAUGAACUGGACCGCCUGACUGCUGGAAGGCUACCAGAAACCGAGGCUAACCGGCUCCCUGAAGGCGAACUCAUUCUAACUAUCAAUAUCUACUUCCCAAGUACUGUGGAGAAACAUAACUUGCACUGUGGCUUUUGCUUUGUGUUUACCUUGUGGGCCACCAUCCUCCCAAACUUCCCCCAGUUUAACCACCUCAGAGCCCACACCACGAUGCUGAUGACCGGCUCCCACACGCUGGCCGACCUCCGGGACGCCGUCUGCUGCGUCAGCGACCUGCAGGUGUGCGGCGAGUUCAGCAGCACGCCGGACAUGGCGCCAGAUUUCAUGAGCAAAGAUCUUUUCAAAUCGGCCUACUUUUUCUUCGAAGGAGUUUUCUACAAUGACAUGCGCUAUCCAGAGUGCCAGGACAUCAGCAGUACGACCAUCGACUGGGCGAAAUCCCACAACUACCCGCAGUUCAGCACGGCCAAAAUGGAGGACACGCGGUUUUUGGACCUGAAGGUGAAGGUGGGGUAUCCGUACCUCUACUGUCACCAAGGCGACUGCGAACACCUCGUCAUCAUCACCGACGUCAGACUGGCGCACCGCAGCGACUGCCUGGACACGGACCUUUACCCGCUGCUCACCCAUAAGAACCGCUUGGUGACCCAAAAAUGUUCCGUCUGCCACGUCUUCAUCGGCAGAUGGUACACCACCAGGGACCAGUUUGCGCCCAGCGACCCGUGUCUGUUCUGCGAUAAAUGUUUCCGGAUGCUGCAUUACGACAAGGAAGGGAACAAGCUGGGAGACUUCCUGGCGUAUCCGUACGUGGACCGAGGCGCCUUCAACUGAGUUACGCUUCAUAAUGAAGACAAACAUGGAUUUAUUUUCCUUCUUUUGAAUAAAAGACUUUACUUUUUACUGCUGUA